ACGGCAAAAUGGCGCCAGAACCGGUGGCGGGUUGAUCCUGCUGGCCCUAUCCAGAGCCAGUGUAUGGUCCCGGGCUUCUUGUCCCUUUCCGGACAUGGAGGAUGUGGAGGUGCGCUUCGCUCACCUCUUGCAGCCCAUCCGAGAUCUCACUAAGAACUGGGAGGUGGACGUAGCGGCACAGCUGGGCGAAUAUCUGGAGGAGCUGGACCAGAUCUGCAUUUCUUUUGAUGAAGGCAAAACCACUAUGAACUUCAUUGAGGCAGCACUGUUGAUCCAGGGCUCAGCUUGUGUCUACAGUAAAAAGGUGGAGUACCUCUACUCACUGGUCUACCAGGCUCUUGAUUUUAUUUCUGGCAAGAGGCAAGCCAAGCAGCUCUCCUUAGCACAGGAAGAUGGGAGCAACAGGGCUGUCAACUCAGGAACUCCCUAUGAAACAGAGGAUGAGUUCGUGUCACUGGAUGACUUCCCUGACUCCCGGGCUAAUGUGGAUAUGAAAAAUGACCAGACAUCCAGUGAGCUGCUUAUCAUACCCCUUGUGCCCAUGGCUCUGGUGGCCCCUGAUGAAGUGGAGAAGAACAGCAGCCCCUUGUAUAGCUGUCAGGGUGAGGUCUUGGCCAGCCGGAAGGAUUUCAGGAUGAACACAUAUACCCCCGACCCCAGAGGUUCCUUUAUGUUGGAUCCAGUGGGAAUGUGUCCUGUGGAGCCUGCGGAUUUGUGCCCCAUGCCAGGGAGCCAGAAAGAUGCUGAGGAUGCUGAGGGGCAGCCGAUGGAAGUCUCUAGGAAUGGGAAUCAAGUUUCUGUACUCAACAUCUCCCAAGAACCAGAAGGCCCAAUGCUCAGCGGUGGUGAUGAGGAUGCAGAGGAUGCAGCAGAGCUCCAGGAGGUUGCUCUAGAGCCUGCAGAGCCCAGGACCUCACAGCAGAGUGCCACCUUGCCAAGGAGAUACAUGCUGCGGGAGCGACAAGGGAACCCAGAGCCUGCCUCCCGGCUACAGGAGACCCCAGAUCCCUGGCAGAGCCUGGACCCUUUUGACUCCUUGGACUCUAAGGUCUUCCAGAAAGGUAAGCCCUUUUCUGUGCCGCCUGGUGUGGAGGAGCCUCCAGGACAUAAGCGCAAGAGGAAGGGUGCCACCAAGCUGCAGGACUUCCACCAGUGGUACCUGGCUGCCUAUGCUGACCAUGCUGACAGCAGGAGGCCUCGGCGAAAGGGCCCAACCUUUGCAGACAUGGAAGUGCUGUACUGGAAACAUGUAAGAGAACAGCUAGAGAGCCUUCAGAAGCUGCAGAGGCAGAAGAUGACCGAGCGAUGGCUGCCUGGGGCCAAGGAGGAUCUGUGGCCUGUAGAGGAGGAACGCUUAGAAGAUUCCCUGGAAGACCUUGGGGAAGCGGCAGAUGACUUUCUAGAGCCUGAGGAGUAUGCAGAGCGGGAGGAGGUGAUGCCUGGGGAAGCUGCUGACCUAGAUGCAGAGGCUAUGCCAGAGUCCCUGAGAUAUGAGGAGCUGGUCCGAAGAAAUGUGGAACUCUUCAUCGCCACCUCCCAGAAGUUUGUCCAGGAGACAGAGCUGAGCCAGCGCAUCAGGGACUGGGAAGAUACUAUCCAGCCCCUGCUCCAGGAGCAGGAGCAGCAUGUGCCCUUUGAUAUCCACACCUAUGGGGACCAGUUGGUUUCACGGUUCCCCCAGCUCAAUGAGUGGUGUCCCUUUGCAGAGCUUGUAGCCGGGCAGCCUGCUUUUGAGGUGUGCCGCUCCAUGCUGGCCUCCUUACAACUGGCUAAUGACUAUACGGUGGAGAUCACCCAGCAGCCAGGACUGGAGGCAGCUGUGGAUACCAUGUCUUUGAGACUGCUCACACACCAGCGAGCCCAUACACGCUUUCAGACCUAUGCUGCCCCUUCCAUGGUCCAGCCUUGAGUGGAGAGCACUGAGGCGCAGGGGUGGAAGGUAGUGUAUAUAUCUGGAAAUCUUGUGCUCCUAGUGUACCAUGAGGCCAUUUACUCCAGUGCUGCCUCCAGGUUGGCCUAGCUUAUUAAGUGAUAUUGCUACCCCCUCCCUGUUCACUCAACAAGCCAUUUGAAUGGACUGCAGAUAGAGAGCACCCACACACUGACUGAGUACAUUCAUUUAUUUACCGACAGGGCCUAGGUAGGAUGUUCAGGGCAGGAUGCUUUGGAAGGCAGCUAUGUGCCGACGUACACUGUCUACAAUCUGCUCUGCUGACCUGCUUCGACCGUAGUAGUCCGUGAAAAGACCAUCUGGGUUGAGCAAGUAGAUAGCAAUGGAGUGGUCCACAAUAUAGUCCUGGUCUUCAUCCUUGGGACCAGCACUGUAGUAUACACGGUAGUUGCGACUAGCUUGGGCCACUUGUUCUUUCGAACCAGUCAGACCCAGCAGUCUUGGGUGGAAGUCCUUCACAUACCGGGCCAUGGCUGCCACAUCAUCCCGUUCUGGGUCCACAGUGAUGAAGACAGGCUGCACCAGGGGCAGGUCAGGCUCUGCCUCCAGCUUCUGUACCACCUGGACCAGUUUUUCCAAUUCAUCAGGGCAGAUAUCAGGGCAAUGAGUGAAGCCAAAGUACAUCAGUACCCACUGGCCUCGAAAGUCAGCUUUACAUCGCGGCUGGCCUUUGUGGUCCAGUAGGCUGAAGUCACCCUGGCCCACAGCAGCCUGGCGCAGGGCCUCUGUCCGUUGCUGUUGGCGCCUCUGUUCCUUCUCAGCUCUUGCUGCCAGCCAGGCCCAGCCCAGCCCAGCUCCAAACACAGCAGUGAUCAGCAGCCUGGUUCUUAGCCCAGGGCCUUUGGGCUGGCCCUGCCCUGACCAGUGUCGGGACUUUACAUACAGAGUUUCACCUCCUGGGAUCCGGAGAAGGACUCGAGGUUUGAACUGAGAGAGCCUGGGCCAGGCUUUGGGCCCUAGAGCCUGCAGCACCAUGGACCUGAAGCUCCUGAAAGAGAACAGAGAUGCCAGCAGUUGGGAAAGAAAAGAUGCCUGGGCCCCCACUGCUGGAGAAACUUGUCACCCCCAUAUCGACGCAGGUUAGCUGCCUGUCUGGGCUCAUCUGAACUGCUCCACCUCAUUACCGCAAUCUGUCCAUAACCUGCCCCUCAACCAUCAUGCUUCCUUCUGGAUACCUAGAAGCAUUCAGAACAUGCUUUGCCUGGGCACCAGAACACAUGUCUAUUUACAAUAAAUUUUUUUAAAGGAA